AUGUUUAUCGCCAGCGGUUCCGUGAGCCAGACCUGCAGCCGGGAGAAACGCCAAGAGUUUUAUAAUCGCCUCAAAGACUUGUACUUGAAGUGGAUGCAGCCGGAGAAGAAGACGAAGGAGCAGCUUGGUGAAGCCCUAGUCUUGGAACAGUUCUACCGUUCACUAUCACCAGAGCUGAGGGUCUGGGUGAAGGAGCGCAAUCCCACCUCUGGGCGUGAAGCAGCAGAGUUGGUGGAGAACUUUCUAUCUGCUAGGCGUGGGCCAAAGAUCUUCAGGCUUGAACGAAUGUCCAGGAGCAGCGCAUCGGAGGGUCACAAAGAAUGGCAAAAGGAGGGCCUGGGGUAG